AUGUCCCUCAAACUCUCAAACGCGGAGGAAUGCGAUGCAGGCGACAUCGCAGAUAUCCAUUUUGCAUCGUUCGGCGAGAACAUGAUGCUUCGGGGAGGAGUCCCAACACCCGCCCUACGUGCAGGAUUGCGAAUCUCGUUGAUGGAGAAAGCCCGUGAAGAAAUUCGCGAUCCGCAAUGGGUUGUGCUAGUCGUUCGCAAUCAAAAUGAGAUCAUUAGCUUUGCGAAAUGGAUGCGACCUGUCCUUGAUGCCGACUCGUAUGUUGAGGUUCCCUGGCGAUGGCCCGAAGGCACCAGGAUGGACAUCCUGAAUGAAUGGGCUAGAAAAGUGGAGGAUGCGAGCAGCAGUGUUAUUGGUAGUACGCCUUGCUACUGUUUGAGCUUUAUUGGAACGCAUCCCAGGUAUGAAAGGCGCGGUGCGGCCACGAUGCUCAUACGGAAUGGUUUUGGAGCGCAGCGUGAAGGAGAACGUUCCGAUACAGCUCGAGAGCACCAUAGUUGCAUGGCCGUUGUACAAAAGGCUCGGGUUUGA